AUGGAUUUUAACGAACUAGAGGCGAUCGAAGGCCUACGAUGGCCGUGGCACUCUUGGCCGACAACGAAACCCGACUUAACCAUCCCACUCGCCGUCAUGUGCACGCCGUUAACGGAAUUCGCGGAGCUUCCGAUCCUCCGUUACGACCCUCUCACUUGUUCCAAGUGUGGCGCCGUUUUGAACCCAUACGCGCGCGUUGAUUACACCUCCCGUAUCUGGUUUUGCCCUUUCUGUUUCUUCAAAAACCCUUUCCCGCGAACUUACUCUUCUUCACUCCGUGAAUCCAACCUCCCUGCCGAACUCUUCCCAAAUUACAGCUCCGUUGAAUACGCAAAAACUGUCAAUUCCGUUAGUAAUCCUAUUGGGUCAUCGCUGUCGUCGUCUUCGUUAUCGUCAAUGACGUCACUGAAAAUGACGGCGUUGGCCGGAGAGGUGGGUGUUAGAGGUCCGGCAUUUGUGUUCGUGGUUGAUGGGUGUUUGGAGGAAGAGGAGUUGAGAGGGGUUAAGAGUGAGUUGUUGCGCGUGGUGGAACAAUUGCCGGAGAGCGCGCUGGUUGCGUUGGUUACGUUUGAUGCAAUGGUGAAUGUGUAUGACCUUGGGUUUUCGGAGUGUUCGAGGGUUGUCGUCUUUCAUGGUGAUCGGGAGCUUUCGUCGGAGCAGAUACAAAAGUUUCUUGGACUUGGUGGUACAAAGCUACAGCAACUUGGAAAGACCCCUGUUAUCCAGAAGCAGAGUUUUCUACUGCCCAUAUCUGAAUGUGAGUUCAAUAUAACGUCUGCAAUCGAGGAGCUUCAUUCUUUUGCGCAGAUGACAUCAGGCUAUCGGCCUCAAAGGUCAACUGGAGCGGCAAUAUCAACUGCACUAGGACUUUUGGAAGGAUGCUUGGUGAACACGGGGUCCAGGAUCAUGGUCUUCACAUCUGGACCUGCUACUCUGGGCCCAGGGAUUGUUGUAGACUCAGAUCUUGGUAAUGCUAUUAGAAAUCAUAGGGAUCUUAUAAAUGGUCAGGCACCAUACUAUCGAAAGUCUAGCACCUUUUAUAAGAGAUUAUCACAGAGACUAUGUGAUUCAUCUGUUGUUCUUGAUUUAUUUGCUUGUUCUCUGGAUCAAGUUGGAGCAGCAGAACUAAGAGUACCUGUGGAGAGUUCAGGUGGAUUCAUGAUUCUGGGGGAGUCUUUCGAAUCAGAUCAAUUCAGAAAAUCCAUGAGGCAUAUAUUUAGUCGUGAUGAAGAGGGAAAUUUGAAGAUGCAUUUUGAUGCAACCAUUGAGAUAGUGACCACUAAAGAUGUAAAAAUCUGUGGAGCCCUUGGACCUUGUGUUUCUCUUAAGAAGAAGAAUAAUUUAGUGAGUGACAAUGAGAUUGGGGAUGGCGGUACUUACAUGUGGAAGUUGGGUACACUUACUAAUAAAACAUGUAUUGCUUUCUUCUUCCAAAUAAAUGAUGAGCAUAAACCUCAAGCUGGAUCUGCAUUUCUGAUACAGUUCAUAACACGAUAUAGACAUGGGAACAUGGGAAUCCGGAAGAGGGUGACAACUGCUGCAAGAAGAUGGGUUGCAAAGCAGUCACCAGAAAUUCCUGCUGGGUUUGAUCAAGAAGCAGCAGCUUCAGUUAUGGCCAGACUUGCCAUCCACCGAGCGGAGACAUGUAAUGCUAGAGAUGUUAUCAGAUGGCUGGAUGAUACACUUAUCCAUUUUGCUUCCAAAUUUGGAGACUAUAUACAGGAAGAUCCUUCUUCAUUUCGUCUUUCAUCAAACUUCUCUCUUUACCCCCAAUUCAUGUUCUAUUUAAGAAGGUCCCAAUUUCUUGAUGUCUUUAACAGUACCCCUGAUGAAACUGCAUUCUUUCGGCUGAUGCUGAAUCGCGAAGGAGUUAUGGAUUCAAUUGUCAUGAUCCAACCCACACUUCUACAGUAUUCAUUUGAUGGGCCUCCAGUUCCGGUCCUCUUAGACAUUCGCUCUAUAUCCCCAGAUGUUAUUUUACUCUUUGACUCUUACUUUUAUGUGGUUAUUCAUUAUGGAUCCAAGAUUGCUCAAUGGAGAAAGCUUGGUUAUGAUAAAGACCCAAACCAUGGGAAUCUGAGUAAGUUGUUGGAAGCCCCAGAGCUUGAUGCAGGGCAGUUGGUGGCUGGACGAGUUCCACCUCCGAAGCUUGUUAAAUGUGACCAGCAUAGCAGUCAGGCAAGGUUUCUUCUUGCCAAGUUAAACCCCUCUGUUACUCAGGAUUCAACUUACACGGAUGGGUCAGAUAUCAUAUUUACAGAUGAUUUGAGCUUACAAGUUUUCAUAGAUCACUUACAGGCCCUUGCGGUGCAGGGCUAAUUAUGUGGAGCUCUACACAUAGCAUCUCUUCUUCAGGAGAACUGUUUAAAUGUGGCAAAAGGACUAGUGCUAACUGGCAAGACUGGCAGUGGUCAUAACUCCCACAGAGGCAAAAGGAACAUUUCGUGGUGCUAACUGGCUGUAGCGAUAACUCUGGAGUUCUGAAGUACAGCACGAGAAGAUUCAUUUCUUUAUAUAAAUCAUCAUCUCUGAUCUAAUCUGAGCAAUGAGCUUUCAUAAAAUACAUAAUAUUUCGAUGACGUUUGCUAACGGACAAUGACAUCUUCCAGGUUGUUUCUCUUAUUCUAGGAACCCGUACAUAAAAAAAAAAAACUCCCAAGUGGUUUGCUCCAAGCCGAGAUCAAUGGACACGUCUCCCCAUCUGAACGCCACGGUUAACUAAAUUUGUCUUUCUCUCGAAUCCUUGAAGUAAAAUGUAUUAACGCAGGAAGAUGUUUUCUUUUCUUAUUCGAUUGAAAUUUCGUAUUUAUAUGCAUAUGCGCUGUUAGAAGUCAACGAAGGAAUAAUGUUAAACAAAGCACACAGCUUUACAAGGUUAGAGCUCAUGUGGCCUUGCAAA